AUGGAUUGGGAAGAUGUAUACCUAUUCCCCUUUGCCCUAGCGUUGACCGUCCUGGAAUAUAUGGCCAUCUGUUUUGGAUUGCCUUCUCCGGGCCCUCAACGUGACCAUUUUGCACCUCACCCAUCAGCCAAAUUCGAGGGUUACUACACGCGUGUUCAGUUGGAAGACGGAGGUACCUUGGCUCUCAUCUUUUGCUGGGUUAAAAACGCGAAGAUACGCGAGAAUCUAGUCUGCGUGAUUCACGCGCCGGCAGAUGGAAGCAAAGUACCUUCUUUCUACCAUGAAAUAUACCCUGAACAGUUAUCCAUCACGGCCAAAGAUCCCACCUCUAAGACGCCCUCAUUCCGAAUCAAUGUGCCAGGGCUAGGCAAUAUGACGGUUACAUCGAGUCGAACAGAAUACACCCUCGCCAUCCCCGAUGUACGACUAUCUCUGACCCUCUGCCUGACAAAUCACACAUCUUGGUUGAGGACUCGUCCCCUCUCAGGGCCCAUGGGCCCGCUGGCGCGUCUAUCCCGUUAUCUUCCUCUGAACUGGCAUGUUUAUUCAUUGGCGAGCGAUGCGGAUUAUACCAUUGUACUCGCGGGCCGUACGUACACAGGUCAUGGAGUUGCACAUCUAGAGAAGAACUGGGGAAGAUCUUUUCCGAGUGGUUGGCUCUGGAGUCAGACUUUCAAGGUGGACAAUGAAACUAUAUGCCUUGCAGGCGGUUCGGCCCUCCCUGGUGUGCAAGCGUAUUUGGUCGGGUACCGUUCGACUGGACUCUGCUGGGACUUCAGGCCACCAUUCACGAUGGGCAUCGGACUAUUUUCGCCAUUUCUACGUGUACAGUGCGAUAGCGGAGCUGGUGUGGUUGAAUUAGAAGCUAGGACAUGGCUCAGAAAGCUGAAGGUUAACAUACACGCUCCCGUUGACUCGUUUAUCGGAUUACCUGCGCCACUGAAGGACGGGCAUCAGCCUCAAUUCGCUUUCGAAAGUUUUCGCGCCACGGUAAUAACCGAAGCAUACAUUCGCUGUUGGCCAUGGGGAGGGUGGGAACGAGCAGAGGAAGACCAUCCGAAGACUGUCGAGAACGAAGUAUCCAGUGCUUCUCUUGAGUUCGGUGGUAUCUUCUCUCACCUCGUAAACCACUACGACAAUAUGGCCCGCAUUCGCCCUGGCGACUCCUCCCUCGCCUGCUCCGUGACGAACCCUCAGCCGCGAUCUAUCAUUCUCCUCGACAUGUCCGACGGCAGCGCAACCUCCGUAGAGAUCAACGAUGCUCUCUUCUGCACCCAUUUCAAGGAGGUCUGCACUGAAUGCUCCUUCGACGGACGGGAAGAGAACGACAGCUUCUUCGGGUUUGACCCGAUAGACCGCGAGGGCAUCGAAGCUCCGCCCGCCAGCGUCAACAAGGACGGCGAAUACCAGUGCAAGAAGCAUGGCUCUACCUUGCUUCGGGUGGAAGAAGCAGAUCACCAGGGCCCGGACGGCCGCCAAGAAGGCGGGCAGGAAGUAGUCGCGAGUGUACGUCUUGCUGGAGGAUCGAAAUCACGAACGUACGUUGUAUAA